AUGGCAAACUUCUCCGCGGAGUGGCUCUCUCAAAGUUUUUACUCAAAGGACAGCAAUGAAGAGCCAAGAUAUCCUCCAUCUUCACCAAACAGCUGUGGUGACGCGUCCGGCUCAGAGAGCGAGGUGGGGGAUGACAGCGAAGGAGAGGCCGCCCAGCAGCGCAGGAUGAGGACAAAGUUCUCCUCAGAGCAAAUCAAUAAGCUGGAGAGUACUUUCAGCCAGCACAAGUAUUUGGGCGCCUCUCAGAGGAGGAAGCUCGCCGAGAAUCUCAACCUCGCUGAAACUCAGGUGAAGACGUGGUUUCAGAACAGGAGAAUGAAGUUAAAGCGGGAGGUGCAGGAGCUGCGUCAUCAAUUCCUUCUGCUGCCGCCGGCGCUGUUUCAGCACCACGCCGCGAGGGGACAGUUCCAUCACAGCCCCGCCGUAUAUGCGCCCCUGCAGACCCUCCAAGGACCACCGCAUCAUGUCUUCAUGACAUCACAUUACUACUGA